AUGGAGACAGAUUUGUGGAGCUACAGGAUGUGGACGCCGCUUAACGCCGUCUUCAUCAUCUACUGGCUCAGUUACCGCCCUGAUCGCUUCCAGCCAGCCACAGACUCUGCUGUCCUCGCCUCCUUCGACCUGACAAAUGAUUCCGCCCUGAUCCGGUACGACCUCGCUGUCGACCUCAGCUUCCGCAACUCGCACCGCUAUGCUAUUAGCUACCUCGAUGUCGCUGCGUCUGUGUUCUACAAUGACACCAGGCUCGGCCCCACCGACGAGGCCAUGCCGAGCUUUGUCCAAGGACGCAAGAACACAACCGUGUUACACCCAGCGUUCCGUGGCGUGGUGCCGGUGGACACCGGUGUCGCAGUUCGGCUGAACAGGGAGAGCGCAGCGGGGACCCUAUACCUUAGGGUUACCGUGUCUCUCACACUCAUGUACAAGGUCUUCUUCCUCGACGAUAUCUUCUUCUACAAGUAUGACUGUUGGCUCUGGUUCCCGCCGCCGCGCAACAACACGCCCGCGCUCUUCUCCGGCGACGGCACCAAAUGCAGGCGUGCUUGA